AUGGAUGGACGACAAGGGUGGCGGUGGUCAUGGCUCUCUGAUGAUGCAGCCCCAAACGGUUGGUCCUGGGUGUCAAAUGACGAGACUGCCAUACUUCAACCCACUCAACACCCAGGUGACCACGGAAUAGCCCAAUUUGUGAUGAAGCCUUUUGAUCCGCAAGCUCGCGAUGAACUUGGCAACAAGCAGCACUGCAAGCGCGGCCACAGCACUAGUCCUUGGGAAUUGGAGGCUACACCCUUCAGUAUGUUGCUUCGGUCAAUGAUGCCGGUACCAGAGCAAUACUCGACGUUGGGCCGGCAUCCAGGUGUGAAGAUAAAGACCUUUCGCAAAGUAACUCUGAGCGGCUUCAAGAACCAAGCGCUGAAUGGAGACUACAUCGAACGCAGUGGGAAGGAGUUUACCAUGUUUGAUCGCGAGACCUACUGGUCUAAAGACUGUUCCAGCAUCUUGUAUUUCCACAAGCCCUCACUCUGUUGGACCCUUGCUCCAGCUGGCGUGUGGGCUGAGUGGAAAGCUGGCUUCUUUGAGGACUUGAUAUGGGCCCAUGCCGAGCCCGAAGCACGCAUUAAGUCUGUCGCAGGAUGGCAUGAAGUGGUGCAACCUUGGACGGAAGCUGUGUUCAACAUGGCAGAAGGGGAACUUGUGUCCAACCAGCGCGUAAGUGUCAAAGCGGGCAAAGAGGAGGUCAAUGUCCACGAGCAGGUCGAGUCUUUGCUUUCCACCAUCCCUAAUGCAGGUGCUGUCUUGAGCCUUGCCAAAUCUAGUCCAAAGAGUUGGUUCCUGCAGAUUUGCCAAGUGUUGGAUGAGCUUCCGCUUGUGAAGCAUAGCUCGUUGUCGGCCCUAUCACGAAGCAGGGAUGCACUGGAUCAGGAGUUUUGGCGGCAAUGGUCAAGCAUUCUCACGGCAGUUGAGAAAAAGAAGCGUGAUGGUGUCAGGCGGGCCCAGAUCCUCCUGCGAUUGGAGGAACAAAGCCGUGCUGCGGCUGAGGAACUGAUCGCAGAGGAGGAGAGAGAGAAGAAAGGGCAAACUCGGUCCAAAAAGAGGCAAGCCAAGGCUCAGCCAUCUUCGAUUUCAGGUGCUGUGAACUUGCCAGAGAAGAUUGAAGAUAGCGAGGAAGAGCAAGGUGAUGCGGAGCCUAAGGGCGAGGUGACGGAUGGGGUGUUUGGUUUGGCUAUAGAUGUUUCAGAUCCGGUCUUGAAACUUCGGCACAGCUUUCCGAUGUUCGAUGAUGAUCUCCUGAGCACGCACCUCAUGGAUGCUGCCUAUGACUUGGAGAAGGCCGUAGUAUCCCUUUCAAAGCUCGAAGCAGAACCUGCAGAAGUCCUAGAGCCUGUUGAGAUUCCAUGUUCUCAGACCCGCGUCCGAACUGCAGCUCCUCAAAGGCUGAUGGCCAAUGUCCUUGCAAGGACAGACCAUUCGCAUUUGCCGCUCUACUGCUUCAUCGCAGUCAUUGCGAAGUCAGAGCAGCAGACACAUCGGCCAGGGCAGAUUGUGAGGCCAAUUCCCGAAGAUCGAUUCCGCCUCUUAGGCGAUGAGAAAGGGCACUUUUGGCUGAAGAAGCGAAGGGUGCCAGAGGUUGGGGAUAUUGUAGAGGUUUGCUUCUUUGAAGAAGACACCUACGACUACCUCGCAACGGCCCACGGACGGUAUCCGCACCAGAAUGAAGACCUUCUUUGCACCACUUUGAAACUUCAUUGUCGCCGUUGUGACCUUGGAAAAAACGCUUUGGCAAAUGAUGCACUGCUUUCAAUGGCCGUGGAGAAUGUUGAGUUGAAAUGGCCCUGGAAAAGAGCUCUUGGGAGGUUUGAUUCCGUGGAACCGGGCAAGAAAAUAUGGUACGUCCGCCCGCGAAAGGAUUUACCGUCAGUGGUGAUUGUGAGAAUCAGGCGCCCUGAGACGGUAAAUUUCAAGUAUCGCUGUGCUUCUAGCAAGAAGAUCAGUGUGGAUUUCUCAGCCGGAAGACGUCUCACUGACAUUGCUGUGACAGCAGCUGGUUUCGAUGCUCCACCUUUAGAGCUGAACCGUAGGUUUGCGAGCGAAGAGAGAGAACAACUCUUUAUUAUGGGACUUGCACGGGCAGAGCGCCGAGGUCCUGAAGGAUAUAACCGCCUAGAGGAGUGCCCCGAAGGGUUGGUGCGACAGCUGAAUGUGGAGAAACUGGAGGAAUACUGUCAAAUCUUAGUUAUUGGAGUCUUGCCUUGUCCAGAUUUGCACUUGAAACUCCAGCGGCUGUUUCAGAAGACAGCAAUGUCUCAAGCCAGAAAUGGAGGUGCAAGGGCAGAGAGACGGGUUUGA